CGGCGGCGGCCAUGGCGCUGGAGACCGUCCCCAAGGACCUGCGGCACCUCCGCGCCUGCCUGCUCUGCUCCCUCGUCAAGACCAUCGACCAGUUCGAGUACGACGGGUGCGACAACUGCGAUGCCUACCUGCAGAUGAAGGGCAACCGCGAGAUGGUCUACGACUGCACCAGCUCCUCCUUCGACGGGAUCAUCGCCAUGAUGAGCCCCGAGGACAGCUGGGUGUCCAAGUGGCAGCGGAUCAGCAGCUUCAAGCCCGGCGUGUACGCGGUGUCGGUGACCGGCCGCCUGCCCCAAGGCAUCGUCCGAGAGCUGAAGAGCCGUGGCGUGGCUUACAAGUCUCGAGACACAGCUAUCAAAACCUAAGGUGCUUCUGUGCUGCCUCUGCUCUGCGGGACCAACUGGAGGGGCAGCCGGAACACGGAGGGCUGCUCUGGAAGCCUUGAGCUGUAGCCAGUGGSUAAACGAGCGGGGGCUUGGGGGGUCCUUGCUGGUUUGUUGCCUCACCUCUCUCACUCAGUACCUUUGGACUUUCCCAUACUAAUUUCCCCCCACAAACACAAAUUCCAAUUUCUGCCCACAGAAUAGAUUUUUUUUUCGAAGUCCUGAUAGGAGCAUGUAAGUAGGUCAGGGAAAGAGGCUUUUAAUAGUGCACAAACCUUUUGCUGUCAGCAUGGGGAAGAGGAGACCUGUGUAAAUACUUCAAUAAACCAUGCAACCUGGUCA